UCUCUCUCUCUCUCUCCCCCCCACAUGCGCAUGUGUGUGCGUGCAUUUUAGCAUGACAAUCUGAUGCAUGUGGUUUAUAACGUGUAGCAUUUCAUGGAUUGUUUGUUUUUUUUCCACUGAUUACUAAUUAACUGUUUGUUGUUUCCUGUGAUUUUCAUAUUUCUUUGCGGUGAUUUCUUCCCCCCCCUUAAAAAGUGAUGCUCUUCUAUUUUUCCCAAAUGUGGUUUGAUUUUUUAAUUCUAUUCUAUUUGCAUUAUAUUUUGUUGUAUAUAAUGCAUUAAUUGGAUGGACUUUUUCAGAUGCUCUCAGCUUUAUUUGGCAAACCUUUUAGUUUAAAGGAAUUACUUGAGAUGAACAUUAUUCAAAACUAGUAUUAUUUCGUGUAUUAUAUGAUAAAUAGUGUUUCAUUUUGUUUUAGUCUUUUUCUUCCACCUCGCAUGAUGGAGUUCUUAUGCAUUUUCUGAUAUAUUCUUUUCCUAUCCCUCUCUGAUUCUUGUGCUAAAUUGGGGUUUUGAUGUGGUUGAAGCUUUGGAGCUUGUUGAUCUGCAUUCUUCCUUAUUCUGUGGUUUUCUCAGUCUCUCUUAAGUAAAAGGAGGUUAUCCAUCUCUAACUCUUGGAAUGCACCUUUGGUGCUAGCAGCUUUGCAAAGAUUUACACGGCCUAGGUCCUAUAUUACAGCAUCAGUUAUGGCAAGUGAAGCACCAAGGAAUAUGCAGAAUGGUAGUAUGCCUGAUCCCCUAAGGACCUACCAAGUAGUUGUGGCUGCAACUGCUGAUAUGGGCAUUGGGAAGGAUGGGAAAUUGCCAUGGAAAUUGCCUUCUGAUAUGAAGUUUUUCAAGGAUAUCACCAUGGUUACUUCAGUUCCUCUAAAGAAAAAUGCAGUUAUAAUGGGUCGGAGAACAUGGGAGAGCAUUCCACUUGAGCAACGGCCUCUGCCUGGUCGCUUGAACGUUGUUUUGACACGCUCGGGAAGUUUUGAUAUUGCAACAGCUGAGAAUGUUGUUAUGUGUGGAAGUAUGGGAUCAGCUCUUGAGUUAUUAGCAGCACCCCCUUAUUCUUUGUCAAUAGAAACUGUUUUUGUCAUUGGGGGUGGUCAGAUUUUAAGGGAAGCAAUGAAUGCACCAGGAUGUGAUGCUAUCCAUAUCACUAAUAUAGAAACGAAUAUUGAGUGUGCCACUUUCAUUCCUCAAAUUGAUCUCUCCGUUUUUCACCCAUGGUAUUCAUCAUUUCCGUCAGUAGAGAACAACAUUAGGUAUUCUUUCUCCACAUAUGUUCGUGUGAGAAGCUCCCCUGCAGUGGAUUCCCAUGCCAAGGCUGAUGGGGAAGUGCUUUGCAACCCAGAUACUGACAAAUUUGAGGUUCAGAAGUUUUCUUUUCUUCCUAAAAUCAUUUUUGAGAGACAUGAAGAGUACAAUUACUUACGGUUGGUCCAAGAUAUCAUAUCUAAUGGUGCUCAGAAAGAUGACAGAACUGGAACUGGAACACUUUCGAAAUUCGGUUGUCAGAUGCGAUUUAAUCUACGCAAAUCUUUUCCGCUUCUUACGACAAAGAAAGUAUUUUGGAGAGGAGUUGUUGAAGAACUAUUGUGGUUCAUCAGCGGUUCAACGAACGCUAAGGUUUUGCAAGAGAAAGGUAUACAUAUCUGGGAUGGCAAUGCAUCUAGAGACUACCUGGACAGUAUUGGUUUAACUGAAAGGGAGGAGGGUGAUUUGGGACCCAUAUAUGGAUUCCAGUGGAGACACUUUGGUGCCAGGUACACUGAUAUGCAUGCAGACUACACUGGGAAAGGGUUUGAUCAAUUAUUGGAUGUAAUUGACAAGAUAAAGAACAAGCCUGAUGAUAGACGCAUCAUUCUUUCUGCAUGGAACCCUUCUGAUCUUAAACUGAUGGCCCUCCCUCCCUGUCACAUGUUUGCACAGUUCUAUGUAGCAAAUGGGGAGCUAUCUUGCCAGAUGUAUCAGCGUUCCUGUGACAUGGGUCUUGGUGUGCCCUUCAACAUUGCUUCCUAUUCUCUCUUGACGCGCAUGAUAGGUCACGUCUGUGAUCUUACUCCUGGUGAUUUUAUCCAUGUUCUUGGAGAUGCGCAUGUGUACAGGACUCAUGUGAGGCCACUACUAGAGCAGCUUCAAAACUUGCCUAAACCAUUUCCGGUUUUGAAGAUAAAUCCUCUGAAGAAAGAUAUCGAUUCUUUUGUGGGCGAAGAUUUUCAACUCUUGGGGUAUGAUCCCCACAAGAAAAUAGAGAUGAAAAUGGCGGUAUAGAUGUAGGUUAGCAUUUUUUUCUUGAGCAGAGGCAGAAGAAAGGAUAAAUCCUCCCUUUUACUAUCCUGAGCAUGGUGAAGAUCCACAUUUUGGGGUUUUGAUCUUGAAGCCUUCCUGUGUGGGAAGGGUUUUAUAAAAUAAUUUUUCGCUGUGGCAGUUAUGGAUAACUGAUAUAUUACAUACAAACUGGGUGUCCUUGGUCCUACCCAUAUAUGGGUUCUAAGGUGACUUCGUCUCUCUCUCUCUCUCUCUCUCUCUUUCUAUACUCAGCCUUCUGGCAGGGCUCUCUGCUAAAUGAUGGCUGGCCUCUUUUAAUGCAGCCAUUUAGCGUAUUUUUUUUCGCUGUUAAAGAAUGGCUUGGUUUUUGUCCAA